AUGACCUCUAUAAACCAUCCUAAUAACUUGUGCCUUGUCACCCUUCUCUUCCCUUCCUCUACUCCACCUCCCUCAUCUGGUGUCUCUCAGUCAUCUCCUUCUUCUAGUAGUUGGACUGAGAGAAUUACUAAGAAAAUUCAGGAGCUUAAAAAUAAACUAGAGAACCUUAAUAACCUUAAAGAAGCCAAUAAUGGUUACCUCACUGAAAAAGAUUCCAAGUCCCUUGACUCCCUUCCUACCCAGGUGGCGUCUCUUGAGACUGUGAGUAAGCUUGCUGAAUUUGCUGAAUCACUUACUAAAAAACCUGAAAAUAAUAACAUUUUAACGCAUUUAUGUGACGGCCUUCAGACUUUUCUUGGUUACGAUAGAAACUCCAAAGGCUACGACGGCAGUGGCAUUGUGUACUCUGACUUGGACAGGCUGUGUGACGGAGUGAUGGGAUUUUUGAGUGGUGUUCUCAGUAACAUCCACAUGCAUUUAGGGCAGCAUAAAGAUACUUUAAAUGAUGCAAUAGACAUUCUUAACAAAAAUAAACACGCCGGUAAAAAAGGUUUUAAUGAUGCGAUUGCGCAGGUGGUCGCAGGGGUGCGGGGGUAUAAUGAUAGGGUGAAGAGGUCGAAUGAAAAAGUGAAAGAGCCGAUUGAAAAACUUCAAGCACAGAUGGAAGAGCUAAAAAACCAGGUGAGUGAAAUGGUAGAAAAUAAUUCUCCUGCAGGUGAAAAGGAUGAGGCCGUUAAGGCCGUGGAUAAGCAUUUGGACAACUGUAAAAAUCAUGCCAAUGUGUUUAAUAACUUAUUUGAUUUAGUUAGCAAAACAGACAUGAAUAUGAACGUUAAUGAUCUUAAUCCUAAAUUACGUGAUAAUGUUCUUGUAGCGUUGAAUGCCGUGCAACAUGAGAGUAAGAGGCUGCAGAGGCUAUCGGAAAAGGCGGGUCAAGAUUUGAGGAGCGUAUAUUUUAACAGCAUCACCGCACUAAAGAAGCUUGAGAAAAGUGUUAAAGAGAAAAUUAAAACGGAUGUUGAGCAGCUUGUACACAAUCUGAAAGGAUUGGUGACGUUUAUUCGCACCAAGCUUAAGGGCGUUAAUAAGUUGCUCAAGCAGUAUGUAAGUGAAUUAGAUUGGUGGAUAUAUGAGACUAGAAAAAUGGUUGCCCCCGCAAUUGUGAAAGCUGAGAACGUAUUGAAAGAGGUAACGUGGGAUAACAAUGGUAACUUAACGGCCAAAUGGAAUAAGAUUGAUAAGGCGGCGAAGGAUUUGAAGCAAAAAGUUACGCUGCUAUUUACGGCGGGGAAUAAGGCUGUAGGUGUCGCUCAGGAGAAUGUCGGAAUUGCGCUCACGGAGGUGAAAACAAUGGAUGGAAAACUGAAAGAAGAUAUGUAUACCGUGAAGAAAGAAAUUACUAGUGUUGUAGAAAAUGUUAGUAAGAAGAUUAAGUUGCUAGGGGACGCUUUCACAGGAAUCACACUGGACACCGACAAAAAUAUUAAAGGCAUUUUCGAUCAUAUACGGAAAAAGGUUUCGCAAAUAAAGGGAACAAACAACGGACUUUACAUGGGUUUGGAAGGUGCUAUAGAAGGCAUUAAAGAUUACGCUUCGGAGUUUGAAAGCAGUAAGCUCGCGGAAAAAGUACGCGAUUGGCUCGAAGAUAUCUUGGGAAAUGAUAUGGUUAAACGAUGGAUGCUUGACUAUGGUGAGCAAAUGCAGAGCCAUAGAACCGUUCAAUUGCCAUACGAUCACGACGGACAAAUAAGAGAUACUGCGAUUACUAAAAAAAUGGCAAGCGCAAUUAUAGGAGAGCUCGGUAAGGGCGAAAUGGAAGUUGCCCAACACAUGAUCGCAGCGGCGGAAGACGAAGGAAAUAAAAUUGAAGCGUAUUUGAAAGCUGUGCAAUGUGUCUGUGAGCGAUUUGCCGAUGAACUUGAGAAGGAUAUUGAAGACGACGCUAGGACAACGAUCGUCGAAAAGAUUGCUAAAGUAAUUGACCCUGAUUUAGGGUCAUUUGCUCACUUGGUAUCCGGUUCGGAUCCCAAAGAAUACUUGAAAUCUGCGGUGCGUCAUACCCUAAAAGUGCUCGUUGAUAUGGCGAGAGGGGCGGCAGCCGAAUUACAUUCAUUCGCACUCGAGAAUAGGCCGUUCGGAUCCAAUCCCCCAAGCAUUGCAGAAAAAAUUAAUGAGGCGUACACUAAUGCUAGUAACUUGCUUAGUAAGCUUAACACGGCAACUGGCGCAUUCACCGGCACCAAUUAUGCCGACGAUGUUGAUAAGGCUAUCACAAAAGUGGCGGAGACGCUGGAAGCAAAAUUGACGCAGGACAGCGCAAGAAAAUCCACUCACGUUCAACUCGACACAAACGAAUGGUUUCGGAAUUACAAUGGUUGUGUCAAUCAGGAAGCACAGGGUAUCAUGGAGACCGCGUCACCUCUAACCGGAGGAAAAAAUGCCAACGAAGGCACCCUCCCCAAGGCGAUUGGGGAUAUUAUGAGAGGAGUAGAGGAAGCAUUAGCAGAAAUUAAAAAUUAUGAUAAAGAAGCUCAACAACAUUUCCAGGAUGUUACCAGCACCCUAGACGACCUUUGCAAUGCUGUCAAACGUAACGGGGAGGAUGUUCAUGGAAAUUUAGUAGUUCUGCAAAAUGAGAAGAUCGAAGUCAAGUUAAAAAAAAUCAGAGAUAACCUUGACAAUCUAAGAAUAACAAACCUUUUCGAAACCAUCAAAGAAACCAAGUUUUUCGUUGAAACACACGCUCCUAAAUUCCAAAAGGAUUGCUUAGAUUCACUUAACACCUUUGUUGAUUCCGAAGUAAAAACUGCCAUUUCUACACUUACCACCCUAGCGCGUAAAAAUUACGUUACCUCAAUCAAAGACUUACUCAUAUCAUUUGCAGACAAAAUCAAUGAGGAGUUGGAACCGCUGCCAAAACAAAUAGCUGAAGAUUUAGAAAUUGGAUUUAAAGGGUUCAUGAAGACGUUCGGCACAACAUUUGUUAUUAAAAUCAAUGGAAUUAGUACGAUAAAACAAUACGAUUCCUUUGUGGAACUUCCUAAAGAUUCGCGACUUGGCUGGGCGGCCUCAUGCAUUGACGAAGGUUUCAAUAUGUUCGUCAAAUGCUUCAGUAAUCAAAGCGAUGUGAUAUGCAAUCAAUCAGAAAUCAAACAUCUAUCGGAAACUUUUCUGCGACUUCUGCGCCAAAUUAUCAAGUCACGACAUUUUGACCAUCAUGUUGUUAAAAUGCGUCAUAUAUAUGGUGAGGCAUUGAGUAAUUUCAACCCGGAAACGUUUAGAGAUUUGUCCAAAGAUCUUCUCGUGCCUAUGAAAAUAGGGCUAAGUUGUUUCCUAAAGGAAAUUGGGAAGGCUUACGUCAACGCGUAUUCUGGUCAUACUAUCGACUGGGACGAACGCAAUCCCGAAACGCAGUAUUCCGCUAAAGCUUUCCUAACUACACUUCGGAUAUUCACCGAAUUGAUGGAUCUCAACGUAUCGUGUAUGUCCUCCGAUUUGUGUAAAAAACCAAUAUUCAAAAGUGGUGAGAAUUAUCCCCUUGCGGAAAUUCUGAGUGGCCACGGCUACGAUAUUCCGUCAUCCUCUGAAGUGCAAGACGGAGAGUUGAGAUGCGGUCUUACCGGUAUGAUCAUCGGGACGCUAUUGACUAAGAAACAGCUUUUUACGUAUCUCGGUAAACAUAAUGGCAUUCUACAAGAACUUUACGAAUACCUUCACCAUUACUACCGUGUUCGGCAUCUAAGCACUCCAUAUCCGGGUAGGCAUCCUUCUUCAGUUAAUGAAAUGCUUCGUUGGUUGUGCGGCCUGACGUAUAAUUCGGUAUACGAAAACUUGAUGCUGAACGGAUUUGGUGAUCUGUUUGACAAGCCCGAUAAUGUAAAUACUGUAGACAUAGACAUCUCCAUCAAGACGGAAGACGACGAGUCGUUACCGUCCUAUCCGAAAAGCAUAACAGCAUCUAACUUAAGAGACGAACUUACGGCUGUAUGCCAUCACGCUGAAAUAUUAGUGAUCGGUAUACACGGCCACGGCCAUGCGAAUGGAGUAUAUGCCUGUGAAUUUAACACCAACCAAAGUAAUCUCCUAUAUCCUAGCAACAUGAACGCAUUAAUAUGUAUGUUAUAUGAUGUUCUGAAGCAUCUCCACCAGCAAUGCUAUUUCCUAUACCAGCGAUGCUCGUACGAGAGUGGGCUUGGCGGUUGGCGUGACUGUUGGUACGGAAGAGAUGUAGGCGUAUCAUCGUGGAGGUGCAACAGCCUCCAAUGUCCCAACCAAAGUGCCGACCAAACUGCUAAACAAGAGCACAAGCAAAUAUGCAACCAAAAGUGCAACCAACAAUACGAGUGCGGCAUUAAGUCACCGCUCCAAUCGUUCUUAGAAGACGGGCUUCAAGGCUUCUUGCCGCAUACCCUCGAUGGAAAGUCCGGUAAACUUAACUGCAUAGUCACAAAUCAUGUCAACAUACCAUGUAAAACGCCGAUGGGUUUCUCAGAUAUAAGUCAGACGGCAUCUCAUCGUCAAACUGGAGAGCAUCUUUUGAGCAUCCUCGAAAGUUUUUGCGGCAGUGAUGAUGCUCCACUCACUAAACUAUGCAGUCACAUAAAUUGCUUACUUCCCAGUGCGCCGAAGACGCUGGCAGAUAUGUUCGGGUUUUACUAUCAUUUCCUAUAUGAGUGGAGUGAUCUCCACCAAUCUGGUCGAAAACACCGGAAGGAUGCAUUCGAUGAUGCUAUCACAAAAGCAAACUUCGGAGUCAAGUACGAUGGCCUCAAUAUUACAACCAUUUUCACGAGUCACAGGCACCACGAGGCGCAUUCUACUGGUGAUCUGUUCUCUCUGGUUAGGUGCAAGUAUGAUCCGAAGUAUACAUCAGCUCAUCACUGUGGUCCGUAUCUUCGACCCUUAUGUUACGACAUCUACGGAUCAUUCUCCGAAAAACACGGUGGUCAAUAUCUCUCGUGGAUUGUCUACUUAACGGAGACGUUUUAUAAACUACUAAGAGCAUUGUACGAUGAAUGUUGUAAAAGGUGCAAUACACCCGGAUCAAGGUGUUACCGUAAAGUCUGCGUUAGAAAUUGUUCGACGUUGCAGGACCUCCCGCUAGCUAGAGAGUCCAAACACGAUGCGGCAUGUAUUUCCAUCGUUCAAUGCCCUGCCACUAUUCCAACAUUGUACCAUUACGGUUUUGCCUUAAAAAGCCCAUCAACAUUACAUGGCGCAUACAAUGAUCACGAAAAGAGAACCUGCCGAGACUUACGCGCAGCACUGGAGAACGUGCUGCAGGUUGGCAAUGCGCUUCAUACACUUGCAUUCGUCACAAUCCCUAAAUUUUUGUUCGACCUCAGACAACCCUUCAUCUGGCUCAACGUCGCCCUCUGGCUCCUCUCCUUCCUCUACCUCCUCCACAUCAUGGUCAUCCGCCUCGACCUGCUCCACAUCAAAUCGCACUUGCACUCACCCUCAUCACAUCGCAUUGCUGCGCAAUCACUACUUGCUGCUGCACGCGUUGGCAAGCUAAACAGGGUGUUUUAUCUGCAACCGUAA